AUGAGCUUCUUCCAAGAUGCCUGCGGGGUUUCGAUUGAACAGGGCACAUUCAACGCGAUUAUGGGAAACCAGAUAAAUCAUUUCUAUAAAGGGAUGGCUCAGCAGAAGAAGGAGGAGCAUACGAUAUACGACGAAUUCUACAGGAUUAAGCUUGGUGCAGUACAUAGAAUUCGGGAUAUACAUUGUGAAUUUUACCCAAGGCGAUGGGACAUCGGUAUUAGGGAGUGGUGUGAAGGAGGACGCUUUCGUGUUGAUCGAACGAUUUGUGCUGCCAAAAUCCGUGGUGAACAAGGCUCGGGAUUCACGGUAAUUUCGUAUAGUGGACCAGAAAAGGAUGAGGUAGAGGCCAGUGUUUUUGACUUGAGUUGCGAGUAUAAAGAGCUCUUACAGGCAUGGAAGGAAGACUUUCAACGGUUUUCGAAAGCUACAAACACAAUGAAGAUGCAGCUGUUUGGAAUUAACCGGUCAACAAUACCUCUGCUCAUAUUCUAUGGAGAGCUUGUGCCUCUCGCCCAUUUGUGGGAUAGGGUUGGACGGUUUGGGAAAGCUUAUACACGGGCAUUGUCGCUUAACAUGGACUGGGGAGACUCUGAGAUUUGGAUAGAUCCCGCGCAAGGAACUCUUGUUCAUGGAGUGGAGGGGCCCUAUUGCGAUCUAUUAUUUUUGAACUUCCCUACUACUAACGAGACGCUGCCAUCGAGUGUCGAACUUCUUCUCGACGAAGAUGUUUGCUUCCGCUAUUUAUCUCGGUUGCCAUUGGAUAAGGAUUUCGACAGACGCGUCAUUGAUCUACUCCACUUCGGUUCCGAUAUAGGGGAAGAGAGAUCUCCGAUUAUCAGCAAACCGUGCGUCUUUUCUAGCAAGACGAAUUCUAUAAUCGCAGUCGGAAGUCCGGGCAAUUGCUGGAAGGGAUAUGGGUGCCUUAAAUACCGAGUCGCUAUGCCAGAUGGAAGAACACGAUUUACUUUUACAGACGAAAGCUCAGAGUUGGAAUUACAUGCAUUCGGCGCUGUGCGUGCCUGGCUCUCGCAGGCUUCGAGUGUCUUUAAUAGACUCGGAAUAUUGUUGGACGAAGAACUCUCGUCUUACAAGCUCAUUGUGCCAGUGGUCUACUUGAGAGGAUCAAUUGAGAACUCCAGCAUCAAACACCAACGACGCUCAGAAGAUCCACCCAUCUAUUUCUUCCUCCAUCCGCUCCCUUCAUUUCCGCUCGGAGACAAUUCAGACCUGUUCACCCACACCUGGUCUUAUGACGAAAAUGGAGAAACACCCAUCCCACACCAUCAUUGCGAGUAUCUUGGUCUACCCAUCAAGCUUUACGAGAGAUUAUUCUCAAGCCGUGCACAUCGCUGGCCUAGCAAGACAUACAAAAACAUCCACAAAUGGCAGAUCGCAAGAGGCUUUGAUCCAACCACAGCCGACUUUGCACGUUACCUUGAUCAUCCCAAUAUAUAUGAAGUUCUGCCAGAGUCAGAUGCAGGCCGGUUCGAAGAGCUGAAUAUAGGAUUACCUGGUAGAUCGUCUGCCGAGAAGAGUUCGUCCCAGGACGAUCUACGACAAUAUUCUACGGUGGCGGCUUAUAACACAGAAGAAGACUCCAUGAACCUAGACUCGCCGAUUCCUGCUUCCAUCCGUUCCAAACUGUCAACGUCCACGCAGCUACAACUAGGGGACGUUGACAUGGAAUUGGACCAAUGCUCGAUUCCCUUCGAAGGCCUUUCCACUGCAAGCGCAUCAAUUGCAGAUAUGGAGGUGGACUAA